AUAUUUUACUCUUUUCUAUUGACAAAACUUUACUGUUUGCUCCAUUUUGCUUUAGUAGCCAAAUAAUGUAAGUGCUUCUCUCUCACUCCUCUCUUCACUUUUAGCAGCUCAUAACCACCGCCGCAGCCACCCUUCCUCCGCCGCGCGCUCAACCACCCCCAUCCAACAACACUUUUUCUUCUGGUUUAGACUUGAAGAUCAGUAUUCUGAAAAUCCCCAAUUUUUAUAAAUUGGAAGUCAGAGCACUCCAAAAUGUCUGAUGCUAAAGAAGUAGAGUUCUCACUGAAAGUGAUGAUAAAUAAAGAGAAAACUAAGGUACUCUUUGCAGAAGUUGAUAGCCAUUUUGCAGACAUUUUGUUAAGCUUCUUGACAUUGCCGUUGGGAAGAAUUAUGAAAAUCCUCGAGAAGCACUAUGGCGAUGAAGCACCUACCAUUGGAAGCUUAAACACUUUGUACCAUAGCUUAGCCAAUCUUGAUAAUGCCUAUUUCUGGACAGAUGGUGCUAAGCAGACUUUCCUCAAUCCAGCAAGUUCGUUUGAAGCAGAAUAUGAAAGGCUUAAACUCGACAUCACUGAUUACCAGCCUGCUCGAUAUUUUGUUUGUACAUAUGGUCAUAGAUUUCGUAGUGUAAGCAUGUACUACGAUAGUAUCAAAAAAUGUACAAAAUGCCAUCGUGAUGUGUUUGGUGAAGAAGUAGCUGAAAAAGGGCCUCAAACUGCUUCUAGAGAUGGAGUUUUCACCAUACAUACAACAUCUUUCAUAAUCUCUGAUGAUCUGCAGAUACUGCCAAAUGAGACAGGAAUCUUAGGAAUCUUUAGCAUUCUUGGCAUUUCAGACAUGGAUAAGGCCGAGCCAAUCAAUGUCACUUUUGGAUUCAGUGAGAUUAUGAGUUUGUUGAAAGGAUGCUUUAUCUCCACAACUCCAUUCUCGGACCUCAUACUGAAUAAAACAAGACAGGCGAACUCUGUAACUGUGGAACCUGAAGCCGAGACCUCAUCACUAAACCAGAUUGAGAAUGAACAUAAUCCCGACUCCAAAAAGAUGAUUUUGAAAGUGAUUAUACAAAAAUCUACGGGUAAGUUAUUGUAUGCACAAGCUAAGGAAGAUUUUGUAGAUUUUCUAUGCAGUUUCCUCUUCAUCCCACUAGGAGGAGUUGAGCAUCUUCUAGGCGGUAAGACACCUAUCAAGGCUAUAAACAACUUGUAUCAGAGCACAAGUGACCUUGUAAACGACGAGUAUUUCAAGACCCCAGAUAUGAAAAAUAGGCUGAUCAAACCCAAUUUGAUUCAUGGUUGUACUUCCAAAAACAACAUUCUUCCCCUUGCAGAAGAAUGCUUGCCUGUUGAGUAUGUCUCACGGUUUUCUUGUGUUAAUUUUCCCAAAGGCCAAGGGAGUUAUCUUGAAGGGCCACGAACUUAUAAGGUAACAGAUGAUUUAACUGUGGCACCCUUUUGUAUUGUCUCUAUCGUUUCCGGUCUCAAUAAGCAGAAAAUCCCAAUAUCUGAUGUCAAAGAAGAGGAGCUGCAAAUCGGGCUGAAAGAGGGUUUGGGCAUACUGAAAGCGUCUCUUACAUCCACUACCGCUCUCACUGAUGCUCUGCUCGAUCAAACUUCGAUCAAACAACUGAAGCAAGAACUCUUAGUUUGAUCACAAGAUUUCAAUCAUUUUACUGCCUAGAUAAGUAAUCUUGUUUGCUUGUAUUUAUAGCUGCAGUUCUUGAUUUAGGACAGGGAAAUCUGUUCACUAUCUGAACUUUAAAUCAUUUUAUUGAGGGGUCAGUUUUUUCUGAUAUAUUUUAUCAUCUUGUAUUGUGAUCAUUCCAGUCUUGAGCAAAAAAUGGAGAGCAAAUGGUUGCAGCUACAUUUACACAUUACAAACUAAAACAAGAUACAAUCAAAUAAAACACAAGAUCAUCAAUUUUAGAGAGCAUCAGUGAGAGCAGAAGUCGACGUAAGAGACGCUUUCAAUACGUUCAAACCCUGCACCACACCACCAAACUUCAUCACUCAACAUCUAAACAUACACAAAGGGUUUGGGCAUACUGAAAGCGUCUCUUACAUCCACUACCGCUCUCACUGAUGCUCUGCUCGAUCAAACUUCGAUCAAACAACUGAAGCAAGAACUCUUAGUUUGAUCACAAGAUUUCAAUCAUUUUACUGCCUAGAUAAGUAAUCUUGUUUGCUUGUAUUUAUAGCUGCAGUUCUUGAUUUAGGACAGGGAAAUCUGUUCACUAUCUGAACUUUAAAUCAUUUUAUUGAGGGUUCUGUUUUUUGUGAUAAA